AACGUCGUCUGCUAUUGGUAUUCCUUACAUAGCCGAAUUCGAGGCAAUAGUCGUUCGAAAUUUUCUUGUUUUCAACUGAUCAGAAUUCGUCAUAAACAACUUUGACGUUAAACGGAAUGGAUAUCACUCCCGCCCCAUCCAAUAGAGCAAAUCGUUUUAUGUUGGAAGGCGUGGGAACUCGCGUUAUACGUGGCCCAGACUGGAAAUGGGGAAAACAAGAUGGAGGAGAAGGCCAUGUUGGAACUGUGAGGAAUUUUGAAUCUCCCGAAGAAGUGGUUGUUGUCUGGGAUAAUGGAACUGCCGCUAACUAUCGUUGUUGUGGAGCUUACGAUCUUCGUAACCUUGACAGUGCACCUACUGGAAUUAAACAUGAAGGAACAAUGUGUGAUACAUGCCAUCAGCAACCAAUAUAUGGAAUUAGAUGGAAGUGUGCAGAGUGCACCAACUAUGAUCUGUGCUCAAUAUGCUAUCAUAGCGAUAAGCAUCACCUCAGACAUAGAUUUUACAGAAUUACCACUCCUGGCACAGAAAGGGUAUUGCUUGAACCCAGGCGAAAAAGCAAGAAAAUAGGAAUACGUGGUAUUUUUGCUGGUGCACGGGUUGUCCGGGGAGUAGAUUGGCAAUGGGAAGACCAAGACGGUGGGAAUGGCAGACGUGGAAAGGUGACAGAAAUUCAGGAUUGGUCAGCUGCAAGUCCUCGAUCUGCCGCCUACGUGAUUUGGGAUAAUAGUGCAAAGAAUCUUUACCGCGUUGGUUUUGAAGGAAUGGCGGAUCUAAAAGUUGUCAACGAUGCCAAAGGAGGAACAUUCUACAGAGAUCAUUUACCACUUUUAGGAGAACAAGGUCCAGGUCGUUCCGGUCUCCAUGGAUUUGCUAUCGGUGACCAGGUCAAUGUCGACCUAGAUCUGGAAUUAGUGCAGACCUUACAACAUGGUCACGGUGGCUGGACUGAUGGAAUGUUUGAAUGUCUGGGAACGACUGGCACUGUCGUGGGAAUAGAUGAAGAUCACGAUAUUGUAGUCUCUUAUCCAAGUGGCAAUAGGUGGACGUUUAAUCCAACAAUCCUUAGAGUCGUCGUGACAAGUCCUCCACCGGGCAGCACCAACGUAGACGUUCAGCUGCAAUUCGCUGUUGGGGAUCUCGUGCAGAUUUGCAGCGACCUGGAGCGCAUAAAGAUCUUGCAGCGAGGACACGGAGAAUGGGCAGAAGCCAUGGCACCGGUUUGGGGAAAGGUUGGCCGCGUUCAGCAAAUUUAUCACGACAACGAUCUUAAAGUGGAGGUCUGUGGCACGUCGUGGACCUACAACCCCGCGGCUGUGACCAAAAUUGCGUCCGAUGGUUCGUUGCCAGGAGCGAGUAACGGAGAAAAUUUGAGCGCUUUAUUAAAGAAGUUGUUCGAAACUCAUGUCACUGGAGAUGUCCACGAGGAAUUGGUUAAAGCUGCUGCCAAUGGAGACACCCAAAAGGUUGAAGAGAUUCUGAAACGAGUGGACGCCGAUGUCAAUGGAGUCUUUGCUGGUCACACAGCUCUUCAAGCAGCCAGCCAGAAUGGUCAUCUUGAAGUAAUCAAAGUGCUUCUGCGAUACAAAGCCGACGUCGAAAUUGAGGAUAAAGACGGAGACCGAGCAGUUCAUCAUGCGGCUUUCGGCGAUGAGCCGUCCGUAAUGGAAGUGCUGGCGCAAAGCGGAGCUGAUCUCAAUGCUCGCAACAAACGCCGCCAGACGGCAUUGCACAUCGCCGUCAAUAAAGGCCAUGUCGGCGUCGUCAAAACGCUCCUCGAGCUCGGUUGCCAUCCGAGUCUGCAGGACUCUGAAGGAGAUACGCCGCUGCACGACGCCAUUUCCAAGAAGAGAGACGACAUGCUGACGCUUCUCAUCGACCACAAUGCCGACAUCACGCUCACCAACAACAACGGAUUCAAUGCUCUGCACCACGCCGCUCUACGAGGCAAUCCCAGUGCCAUGCGCGUGCUGUUGUCGAAGCUUCCGCGCCCGUGGAUCGUCGAUGAGAAGAAAGAUGACGGAUACACAGCCCUUCACUUGGCCGCGCUCAACAAUCACGUCGAAGUUGCCGAGCUCCUCGUCCGCGCCGGCCGGGCGCAACUCGAUUUGCAAAACGUCAACUUGCAAACGGCCCUGCAUCUGGCCGUCGAGAGACAGCACACGCAAAUCGUCCGGCUAUUGGUGCGAGAAAACUGCAGUCUCAAUUUAGCGGACAAGGACGGCGACACGCCCCUCCAUGAAGCCCUCCGCCACCACACACUCUCUCAGCUGCGCCAGCUCCAAGAUUUGCAAGACGGAAGCGGCAAGACGUCGACGGCCACGUCUGGUCAUAAUUAUUCGCUACUGAUGGGCCUCGGGACACAAGGUGCCAGCAAAAAAUCCUCGGCCUCGAUUGCCUGUUUCCUGGCCGCCAACGGCGCCGACCUGACAAUCAAGAACAAAAAAGGACUGACUCCGCUGGAUCUCUGCCCGGAUCCGAACCUGUGCCGAGCCUUGACCAAGUGCUACGGAGAGAAGUCGACGCGUGGCGAAUGCGGUGCUCACGGUGACACGUUAUCGCAAGAAAUGGGUGCUGUAGCUUUGACCGACAUGGCCUGCGAUUUGACCGACACAGCCGAUGAGUGUAUGGUGUGUUCGGACAUGAAGCGCGAUACCUUAUUCGGACCUUGCGGCCAUGUCAAUUGCUGCUCGGCGUGUGCCCCACGCGUCAAAAAAUGCCUCGUCUGCAAGGAUCCGAUAACGACUCGUACUAAGAUCGAAGAGUGUGUCGUCUGCUCAGACAAGAAGGCGUCGGUCCUGUUCCGGCCUUGCGGCCACAUGUGCGCCUGCGACGGCUGUGCCGCUCUCAUGAAGAAAUGCGUCCAGUGCCGGUCGCAGAUCGAUCGCGUCAUCCCAUAUGUGGUCUGCUGCGGCCUCAAUAAUCCAGCCACGCUCUCGCCCGGCUGUCGUAGUCCGAUCAGUAACGAAAUUGGCCGUCCUACCGGGAUUUCACCCCAAGAGGGCCCGCUCAUGAACAACGGCUGCCGCGAUAACAGCAACACGGACAUUCAGAAGCUCCAGCAGCAGCUCCAGGAUAUCAAAGAACAAACGAUGUGCCCCGUCUGCAUGGAUCGGCUGCGCAACAUGAUUUUCCUCUGCGGUCACGGAGUGUGUCAAAUGUGCGGCGAUCGCAUGUCCGAAUGCCCCAUCUGCCGGAAGGCCGUCGAGAAACGUAUCCUUCUCUACUAGACCUUCGGAUAGUUCAGGGAGUUACAGAUUGCCUUUCUUUCAGUAACAAAGUACGUGACGGAAUAGUUUUUUAAUGAAAAAUCUAUUCUUCAUUUUUCUCCAACACAAGUCUUGACAGCAGCAAAGCAACAACGAAAAUAAUAGAUCAAGUAUGAUGGUAUGGUUUAUUGAACACACUCAAAUAUUAAGGGUAAUAGAACGUAAUUGGCUUCUUUUUUGCGUUGUAGAGAAGCAAAAUGUCAUAUUUUCAUUGUUUGAAUUUAGUUUGUCUCUUGCGCUUAGUCUUCUUUAAUCUUAUUAUUCUCCUUGUACCGUCUUCACAUUUUGACCGGCUCAUCAUCCCAACGUGUCUCAACUCCCAACGAUUUGUCGUCCCACUUUGUGAUCUGCGCCGAAUUAUCAAACAGCCAUUACUUUUUCGUAGUGGCCACCACACAUUUUUU